GUAUGUCCUGCACUAAAAAGCCUGCUAGCCAUAUGACUGUUCCUAUAUCCAUAUAGCUAGCAGUUAACGUUACACUUCUGCCACAUUGCAGGUUUAUCAUGUCAAAAGGAGAUGGAGAAGACUGCUGUCAUGGCCUAUGAGGAGGAUGAGUAUGAUUGGGGCAGAAGCUCCAUCCUGGAUGUGAUACCGUCCAUCAGCUCCCAGCAGAAGAGGCUGGCGUUGGCCACCAUGCGCUGGAGGAGGAACCUGCAGGACCGCAAUGACCAGGAGGGAUCAUUCAGCGGUUGGACCGUCAUGCUAAACAUCGACCAGACCAGAGAGUCAGGGUUCAGACGACUCCUGCAGUCUGGUGGAGCAAAGGUUCUCCCCAGUCCCUCUCCAUCUCUGUACAAGGGAACCACCCACCUGUUUGCAGAGUUCAGUCGGUUGAAGCCAGGAGACUUCGGGUGGACGUGCCAGAGGCCAAAUGCCUAAAGCCAGAGUUUAUUGCAGACAUCCAGGAGCCUAUUCCACCAAUAGAGAUGUACUAUCUGCCUGAAGCUGCCCAAUGUCUGCCAGCGGGCACAGAUGCCAGCCGCGCCACACCCUCCCGCAAGCGCUAAGCAUCAGGAGAUUCCACAAAGUUGAAGAAGACCCGCCUCAAGUAAAAACAUUGUCAUUUAGAGCUUUGGUGUCAACUAGUAAAUUCCAUCAUUUUAGAAAUGCCCCUGCAAGCCAUUAAUGAUAUGUCUGUAAAUAAGAUUUUUUUAUUAGUUGUAUGAAAA